AUGGCUGCCGCCACACUGAAGGAUCAACUCAGCGGCCUGGUGAACUCCAUGUUUGCGGAGGUGAAUUUCUGUCUCCGGCUGACUCUGGGGAACCCGGGUUUUUAUUUUUUAUGCGGGUCCCCAUUAUUGGGAGUAGGGUGCGAGAUCUGUUCUCGUGGGGUUGUGAGCUUUUUCCUUGGGUCGGAGCAGUGCGCAUACGCUCCUAACGUGUUGGAUCUUAGAGCUCGUCACGAGACGGUCGUGAAUCGAUGGAAUGAGGCAUUUUCUGCCUCUAUGUGCUUUCAAUUAUUGCCCCUCUUUUGUUCGGUCCCCCUUAAUUUCCGAAUUCAUGCGGAACUUCAAGGGAUUUCCAUUUUUUAAUGGAUCAUUAAAGUCUUCUGCUCUGGUUCCAGGGUUUAUUGGACGAUCAGUUCACCCAGCUGCAGAUGCUUCAGGAUGCCAACAACCCCGGAUUCAUUGCGGAGGUCAUCACGCUCUUCUGUGAGGAUGCUGAGAGGCUUCUCAAGGAGCUCACCACACUUUUGUAUUUCCAAACCCGUUUCAUUUUCACUUAGGUCAGGCGUUGUCAUGGUCAUAACGUCUGCUGAAAUUUACGGCGUAUGAAUGACUACUGUUGUAUUUCCUACACUGCAGGGAUCAGGUUGCGGUUGAUUACCACAAGGUGGAUGCUUAUGUUCAUCAACUCAAGGGCAGCAGUUCGAGGUGCUUUUCCGAGUUCCGUUGAUUAAAUUAGGAUUCAUGCCGGUUGAGAGCUUACGGUCUUCUUUAACUCUUUGAAUUAACAACUGAUCUGACUUGAUGUGUGUGUCAACAUCUCCUGGGUCCUGUAUGGAGGUUGCCUUCAGAGGAAUGGUGUGGAUCUACAAAGUUUGAAGGAUUAGCUUUCCAUGACUCAAUGUUAGACAAGGUUCUCUGUGAAAACGUGUGUUCUUAAACUAAAUGGAUACAUUUCUUCUCUACAGACAUUCAACCGUAAUUCAGCUGUGAUGAGAAUAAGACUAUCUUUGGUUCGUGAAUCUUUUUUAGGAUCAAAUAAAGAAGGUUUCUGGAAGUUGGGUUUUUAUGGCUUUAUGAUUUGGCAUCAGAAAAGAUACUUGCCUCUUUUUUUGUAUAGAAAAACCCAGGGCGUUGAUACAUCCAUCUUCUUUAUUUUGACUUUAAACAGGUUUUUUAUUAUUUUCUGUGUCUUGAUCCGUUAUAUCCUGGAGUCCUCAGCAGCUUUGUUUACCACUCUUUGCUUCAAAGUAUGCCAGAAUGCUUAAGUGUUUUGGUAGAACUGUGAAAGGAUGUGGAAGCUGAUUAUCUCACUUCAUCUUGUUCCACUUUUCGUAUUUUGGGUUCUAUCCGUUGACAUUCAAACACAAGCUAACAUAUGGACUUACCAUCCCAAUCUAUCGAGUAAAGUACACCAGGUGAAGUUGGAGCCUGCUAUUAACCUUAAUCUACGAAAUAUUAUGAUUCAAUGACGAAUGUAAUGCACGUCAGUACGGAGGAUUGAGAUUUCAAGGAAAAAUCUGUUUUGCCUUUGCCCAGGAUGCGGUCUCUCAGUCGCAGUCAAGUCCUAAAACGUAGGCUAAAUUGAAUUUGAAUUUAGUUCCAAAAACUAUUAGCCAGACCAUUUAUAUCCUUAUUCUAUGGUUGUCAAUGACUCGCCGCAAUGGUUCGUGGCCUUUUAGUGAUAAAUGGGGUUUAUUCUACUCUCUAGCAAGGCCCCCAGAUAACACUUUCGCUUUGAGAUACAUUUGAUCAUCAAUCUUUGUUUAGGUCGUUGGGAAAUUUGGCCAUCCGACUGGAACACUUUUGCAGGGAAUUGCUUGUUGUUGGGUUGCAAUGAGUCCAAGGGGAUCAUAAAUUUUUUUAGGAUUCUCAUGAUUCAUCAAUUGAUUGACUUCAGUCUUGUAUCCUCUAUCUGUUUUAUCAUAUACCACUCUCACUGUCAAAAAAAAGGUGAGGUGUUUAUGUGAAAAGUUUUAUGAUGAAGAAAUGGUUCCUAGGCAACGCAUGAAUUCAUGUUUACUUUCCCAUUUCGACUGAUUAACGAGAAAAAAAAUCCUUCAUAUAUUUCUAAUGUUGAUAUUAUCUUAUGUGUGACUACUGAGGUCUGUUAAAAAGUUUUGUUCCUCGUUAGAAUUUAUUAUUCUGCAAGAAGGAGAAAACAAAUUGAUCUUGUGAUUGACAAGUGCGGCAAUUAAGGAUUACAUGUUGGAAUAAAUUUUCAUAGUUUUAAUAUUGCGACUGUGCUAUAAGUUUUUAUCCUUAGACUUUGAUGAGAUUCACAAUUAACGGAUAAAGAAAAAUAAACAUCUAUUUUAUCAUGAGAUUUCCUUCAAAGUGGUUCUUUAUACUCCAUGUUGAAACAAUUUUUUUUGGUCGGCAGAAUAUUCUUUGAUGUACUGAUGCAUCUCAACUGAAGAUAAAAAUCGGGAUGAUUAAUAAAAUCGCCAUUAUUAGAUAACCGUGAAAGAAACAUUGUAUUUAUUUAUUUGUUUAAAAUUUAAGCUUUGAAGAUUAAUCCAUAAUCUUCUUCCUGGUGCAAUUAGCAGUUUGUCUGGAGGUCCGUUAUAAUUGACAGUUUCAGAAUCAAUUUUCUUCAUGGGCGCUCAGCAUUGAAUUGAAAUCCAUAAACUUAAAAUUUUGAAAAUUUGAAAUACGCUUAUACUUUUCUUUGAAUUGACUCUCUAUUCUAGUGUGGGUGCUCAGCAUAUAAAACAUGGCUGCAUCAGAUUUCGCCAAUUUUGCGAGGAAAAUAGCAAAGAAGGGUGAGUAACGGCAUUCUGGUAUGAAUUACGUAUGAUGGUUUGUGAAACUGGUUUUAUAUGGUUUGUGGCUACGGGUUCUUGUUCUUGUUCCUGUUCAAUAUCAGCAUUAUCUUCUUCUUUUUUCCAUCGAGGGUGACUUUAUAUUUGGCACAUAUUGUAAAAUAUCUUUUGAAAUUACGUAAAAAUGAACAUUGAUGUCAUGGGCACUAUUUAAUUGAUUGCCUCGAGCUAUACAAUAAAAUGGCGACUGCAGUUAGUUGUAGUAGUCAAACCACCUUGGAAUAAAGAGUGCGCACCUUUGUUUCAAGGAUACAUCACAUCUGUCAUCAAGUAAUCAAUGGCUUGAACUGCGAAGGCUUUCCACCUUUGGGGAAUGUAGAUGAUGACAUAUAGGAUAACAACCGAGCCAUGGGUACGAAUGGAUAUUCUUAAGUAGCUUAGGAGUAUUGGCGUUGUAUGAGAGAGUAAUGGAUAACCUGUAUCUGAAGUGGUCGUUGGAUCUGUUAUCUUCACACUAUUGAUAUUUGGGUAAUCCCCUCCUUGAUGGUUCAAAGUUUGAUUUCGCAAUAUUUUCCUGCAUUUUUCAUCCAGAGAGCAUAAACGCUUGAUUCUGGUUAAUGGCUCCAAUAUAUCCAUGCUAGAAGCUUGUAAAUCUGGCCUGGAAACAAGUGAUGGCUUCUGAGGUGGGAAAGAAAAGAAAUAUUCAUUCAAGAUGCAGUGUGUUCCUGCAGAGAUUUGAAUCUCGUGUCUGUGAUACCAAGAUCCUAGGCUUAGAUCCACAGGAAUACAACCCAUCAGGUGGGAACUGAAAUGAACUCGAAUUGAGAUAUAGAAUUCGUACAGCUUCUCUUGUAAUUCUAGCUUGAUCAAAUUCUGUCAUGCCUGAUGUCAAACAUGAAUAUUAUCAUUUCUCAUACUGUCAAGAAUUGCAGACAAGGUGACGGAACCAGUCUGUUCUGAUGAUGAGGAUCCCCCGUCGAAAUAACAAACUUAUCAUCCUGACACACUUAUGCCAACAAUCUACUAGUACAGAUUUUUGUAUGAAAAAUAUGAAAUGCAGCUCUAUUGAGUGAUUUUAAUCUUUCAUUAUCUUCCCUAUGAGCAUUUACUUUCUAGCAUUAUUGCUUUUUCAGUGUGCAAUAUUCAUGAUGAAUUCUGUGUUUAAUUUUGGAGUUUUAUGUUCUUUUAUUUGUCAUAUAAUAUUGAGAUUGUAUUUUCUCAGGUGCGUUCAUGCCCUGAACCUGGUCAAACAUGAAUAUUAUCGCCUGAAAACUAAAUUCGAGACCAUGGUUCAGGUGAGACAAUAUCAUUGGCCGUACUUCACUGUCAGGGAUUGUGUUCAUCUUUCUGUGAGCUUGAUUGAAGUAUCUUUCUCUCUCUCUCUCUCUCUCUCUCUGUGGUUGAAGUAAAAUGUUACCCCGUGUUGGGUCAACGACUGCAAAGCCACAAUUACAUUUUCUUUUGCCCAACUCUUUACAUAGAACCAGCUGGCCAGAAGAUCACAUGAAUCAAAGUUGUAAGAAAUAAUGUAGAAAGACAUAGAAUAGUUCUUGUGACGGAGUAUUCUCGCUUGCCCUCACUCAUCUAUUGCCAUUGCCGCAGCUCGAGCAGAGAAUCCAGGCCUACGAAGGCCAGCAGCAGCAGUAA